CCCAGACUCCAUUGUCAGCCCAUCUGCCAUCUGAUCUCUGGUCCCAAGUGCUUGCUGGAGCCUGACUGUAAGGAGGGGAGCUCAGCCUCAACAGAGGUCACUCUAAUCCUCCCUUUGUCCCUUUACUCUGCGCCUAUGAAAUUUCGCUGCCAGUGUUUGGCCCGCUUUUGGUGCUUGUCCUUUUGCUCUCAGUCGGCUACUCAUGUGGUUAAAACUGCUUCAUCAGCAGCAAUGUCACAGCAGGCAAAAGGUUUGUGUCAGAGCAGGCAGCAGGUGACUGCUGACCAUUUCACAUUGGAUGGUGAAGUCAGCAGCGGCGGCAUCAUUGUGAUGUCACACCGGGUCUGUGACACAGGCCACGCAGGGGUACAAAAGGGGGCGUAGGGUGGUUGUUCCCACACUCUGGAGGAGCAUCUCUGGGGUGAACACAGGGAAGAGCUUCCUACACGGCUGUUGCCACAAAGCAGUGACGCGCUAGCAUAAGGCAAAACAAGAUGGACUUCUGGGAUGGGAUGAAGCCCAUCUUCAUGAUGCCCAGCAUCACCCCCAGAGGUACAAGCACCCACAGCCACUACAGGAGUGUUGUCAGGACUGAGAGUUGUGGCGUUGUGGGGGUGGGACGCAGGCAGAGCCAGCAGACAGAGAGUGUGACCUGGUUUUCCUUUGCUUUCCAGAGCAAACAGCCAUCUGGGACGCAGUGGCCAGCUACAUCCAACAACAGCUCUUGCUACACAAGGUAGUCUUCUACUGCAAGGCUGAUCCGUUGUUGGAGAACCCUGGAUGCCCUUGAGUGGCUUCUGCCCCCAAGUCCCGCUCUUUCCAAGGAGGAAAAGGAAGGAGAGGACUCGGCAUCUCCUCCCCAAAGCUCUCCCCACUGUCCCAGCUGAUGCCUCCAAAGAGCGGGAGGUGGCAGGGUCCGAGGGGGUACGAAUUCCCACCCUCGGCUCCUUUGAUGUGGUCCCCGCACAGAAGCAGGUUGGGACAGAGAUUGUCACUAUCCAGAGGCCUGUGUUUCGCCUGUCCAGGACCCUCAGAGACAUCCACAACCUCAUGGACAACGAGGAUGACCUGUCUGACAAUAAGGUGUUGGCGCCUGUGAAAUAUGCCAAGGUGGCCACGGAUGCCCACGUGUCCCGGUGCAAAGUGGAGGGAUGCAUCCUAGGCACCAUGUCCCUCCUGUCUCACUGCCUGGCGAAGGGGAAGAGCAUUGCACUUGUCCUGAGAGAUGUUGGGGUGCUCCUCAUUGAAGACAGGAUGGUGCAAAUGAGAUUCUACUAUGAUUUCCUGGAAGAGAUAUCUGGGAAGACAAACCUCAGAAUGGCUGCACUCAUAUUUCCCCAGCUGCUGGACAUGGUGGUGUCCCGGAUGGUACCUGUUUCUUCCCUGACUCGCACCAGCCGUGUCAUCAUCUUUCCUGAGUUUGAACUGGAGUUUGUGCCCAAAUCUCAGUCCAGGCACCCUCUCAAGGUCUUGAGGCGUGCCCUUGGUGAGGACAUGUGGAAGAAAGAAGAGGAUUUGCCACCCAUCAGGCAACACACAAAAGCGGGACUUCCUGAAGUGCCUUUGCCUGCUGAUUCCAGCUCGGUUACUAACAAACAGGAGGAAGUCCACAAUAAGGCGGCGAUGAAUAAGAGGACGAAGCGCCAGGCUAGGCAGCUGCCAGGGAUCCCUGGGGCCGUGUCUGGAAAAAAGUUGCUGGUGAGCGGCCAAUCCAAAGGCAAACCUGCAGCCAAAGGCCAAGCAGCAAAGCCGAACCAAACACAAGCAGCAAGACUGCAGAGGCACAAGCAAAGACAAGGAGAAAAAAUAUACCCUGUUGGAAGCAAAUUCAACACUGAAACAAAUUCAUCAAUGAGCCCGGAAGCCUGGAUGCCCAAGGAGCUCACCUACAAGGUCAUGACUCCGCUGCCAACAAGAGACGAGGCAGCACAAUUACUACAAUCAAGACCUGAAAGGUUCUGGUCGGUGCUGAAAGACCCACAGUAUACAGUCUUAGCGGGAUACAACUUCACAAUUCCCCACGUGAUGCCCUAUAUGUUUUAAGGGUCUGGGCUGACACAACACCACGCGUUUGAAGACCAGACUGGUGAUCUCCAGGAUGGAGCGAUCAGGGUUUGGAGGUGCUCAGAGCACCCACCGAGGUGGCAGAAAGGUCUACAUGCGGACAAAGAGCUUCCAGAACAUGGCGGUACUGUUCGAGAAGAGCCUCUCUUCUUUUGCAGAAAUCUCUCUGUCUUCAGGACGCAGGGAGCUGUGAAAAGAGACAAACAAAACGGCAAAGCUGUGAAAUAGCACUGAGUUUUUUCAUUGUUCGCAGCAACCGUUCACCUCUGUGAUAAGAAAGGAGCAACAGACCUCAGUGCCCUUGGGGUGACCUUGCAAGCUGGAAAGCCCCUGGCUCACGGACAAGGGGGUGACGGUGCCCUGAAAAGGGCUGAGGAAAACGGUCACCUAUUAUUUUUUUUUUUACGCGUGGUCAAAGCUGCUUUUGAGCCCUUUGACCUUCGUGUCCCCAGUGAGCCCCUCACUUCCUCACCGCCACCCAGAGUCACUUGAAUUUGGGGUGCUGCGGUUAAAA